UUAUGAGGAGGCCCAGGGAGCGUUGGGGCAGAUUUGCACUCAGGGCCACCUGAGGGACUUGGCGGUAGCGCUCAGCUGUGUCCUCUCCCCUCGCAGAGGCACAGUUGUCGUCUGGGAGUAGGAAACUGUUGAGGGGCGGGUUGUCGGGAGGACAUUUCUCUGGCUGCGCUAGAGGCAAGGUGUGGAGAGGCAGGGCUGGGGGUGGGGCCGGGUCGUCAGGGCGUCUGAGAGGAAAGACCCCCCCGCCCCCUGCCCCCCCGAACCAUCUACACUGGCUGAGUGGACAUUAAGAUGGCUGCCGUUGCCAUGGCACCCAACCCUGUGCAGACCCUUCAGGAGGAGGCGGUGUGCGCCAUCUGCCUCGAUUACUUCACGGACCCAGUGUCCAUCGGCUGCGGGCACAACUUCUGCCGAGUGUGUGUAACCCAGUUAUGGGGAGGGGAGGAUGAAGAGGACAGGGACGAGUUAGACCGGGAGGAGGAGGAGGAGGAGGACGGGGAAGAGGAGGAGGUGGAGGCUGUGGGGGCCGGUGGGGGCUGGGACACUCCCAUGAGGGAUGAAGACUAUGAGGGUGACUUGGAGGAAGAGGUUGAGGAGGAAGAGGAAGGUGUGUUCUGGACCGGUGGCAUGGGCGGGUCCAACUGGGACAACAUGGACUAUGUGUGGGAGGAGGAGGAUGAGGAAGAAGACCUGGACUACUACUUGGGGGACAUGGAGGAGGACCUGAGGGGGGAGGACGAGGAGGAGGAAGAAGUGCUGGAGGAGGAUGAGGAAGAGGAGCUAGACCCUGUCACGUCACUGCCCCCGCCUCCGGCCCCUCGGAGGUGCUUCACCUGCCCCCAGUGCCGAAAGAGCUUUCCCAGGCGGAGCUUCCGCCCCAACCUGCAGCUAGCCAACAUGGUCCAGGUGAUAAGGCAGAUGCAUCCAGCACCGGGUCGGGGGAGCCGUGGAAAUGAGCAGGGCAUUUGUCCCAAACACCAAGAAGCCCUGAAGCUCUUCUGUGAAGUGGAUGAAGAGGCCAUCUGUGUGGUGUGUCGAGAAUCCAGGAGCCACAAACAGCACAGCGUGGUGCCAUUGGAGGAGGUGGUGCAGGAGUACAAGAUCGGGAAACAGAGUCAGAGAGAUUUAAGUAAUAUACACAGGGCCACACGGCUACUAGCCAAACUGCAGGGGCAUGUGGAACCUCUAAGGAAGCAGCUGGAGGCUGUGCAGAAGAUGAAAGCCAAGGAGGAGAGGCGGGUGACAGAGCUAAAGAGCCAGAUGAAGUCAGAACUGGCAGCUGUGGCCUCAGAGUUUGGGCGGCUGACAAGGUUUCUUGCUGAAGAGCAGGCAGGGCUGGAGCGGCGCCUUCGAGAGAUGCACGAAGCCCAGCUGGGGCGUGCAGGAGCAGCGGCCAGCCGUCUUGCGGAGCAGGCGGCCCAACUGAGCUGCCUGCUGGCCGAGGCCCAGGAGCGGAGCCAGCAGGGGGGCCUGCGGCUGCUCCAGGACAUCAAGGAGACUUUCAAUAGGUGUGAAGAGGUACAGCUGCAGCCCCCAGAGAUCUGGUCCCCUGACCCGUGUCAACCCCAUAGCCAUGACUUCCUGACAGACGCCAUCGUGAGGAAAAUGAGCCGGAUGUUCUGUCAGGCUGCUCGAGUGGACCUGACGCUGGACCCUGACACGGCUCACCCGGCUCUGAUGCUGUCUCCUGACCGCCGGGGUGUCCGCCUGGCAGAGCGGCGGCAGGAGGUUGCUGACCAUUCCAAGCGCUUUUCGGCCGACUGCUGCGUACUGGGGGCCCAGGGCUUCCGCUCUGGCCGGCACUACUGGGAGGUAGAGGUGGGUGGGCGGCGGGGCUGGGCGGUGGGUGCUGCCCGCGAAUCAACCCAUCAUAAGGAGAAGGUGGGUUCUGGGGGUUCCUCCAUGGGCAUCGGGGAUGCCAGCUCUUCCUCACGCCAUCACCAUCGCCGCCGCCGGCUCCACCUAUCCCAGCAGCCCCUGCUCCAGCGGGAAGUGUGGUGUGUGGGCACCAAUGGCAAACGUUACCAGGCACAGAGCUCAACGGAGCAGACACUGCUGAGCCCAAGUGAGAAGCCACGGCGCUUCGGCGUGUACCUGGACUACGAGGCUGGGCGCCUGGGCUUCUACAAUGCCGAGACUCUGGCCCAUGUGCACACCUUCUCAGCUGCCUUCCUGGGCGAGCGUGUCUUCCCUUUCUUCCGGGUGCUCUCCAAGGGCACCCGCAUCAAGCUGUGCCCUUGAUCAGCCUGCCACCCGCAGGGGCCCCUCUGGUCAGCACUGGUGGGGCGGGUGGUGGUGGAGGGUGGCCCGUAAGUCUGGGGGCUCACAUGCUCCCAAAACUGUUACUGCAUUGCUUCCUACUCUUCCUUGACCCCAGGACCCUGCUCUUCUCCCUCUAGGAGCCUAACGAACCCUUCUGGCCUCCAGCUCGGCCUCCUCUCACCUACUAUCUGUCCAACAGGUCUGCAUGGGUCCCUGAUAACAGCUGCUUGGUCUUCCCUCCCUCUGUAUGCCCAGGGCCUGAAUUUGAGUCGGGGAGGGGAUAUUUAAUUUCAUUAACUUCCCUCUCCCCACCCCUGCUUUUCAACCUUCAUGUCAGCUCCCAGGCUGGAGGAUUUGGGCAAGACUCAUGACUACCCCCGUCCCAAUUACAUUUUCUGAUGCAAGUUUUAGCUAAAGGAUUUGGAAGCUUUCUGGGGGGAGGCAGGCUGGACAAAGGGUAGAGCUGGAUAAUAACCAUCUACUCUCCAGGGGAAGGAAGGAAUUCUAAACUUUCUUCCAUCCCUGAUUUCUACCUCCAUAGACUGGCCAGAAUUUAGCUUCAAUGAGAGAUCUGGAAUGGUCGACAUGAUUGAAACUACAUCUCCCAAUAAAUUAUUUUCUCCCCCUUUUUUCCAGCACUUAAUAUAGGAGCAAAGCUCACCCUACCCCUUCCACUGCCAGGCUCCUUUCCCCUUUGUUCAGUAGAGUUCCUUUUGUCAGUCUCCAUCGUCUUCGUCUUUAGUUCCAUUUGAUGAGCCCUGAUGGGGAGCCUGGGGACCAGGGUUUGGGUCCCCAUGAGGAGAGCCUUGGGUAUAAUCUAUUUUUCUAGUAACCCUUUGCCUUGUCACUUACCAGCUUUUGUCCUGUGCUUUGGUGGCCCAGGUCAAUUUCUGUUCCUGGGGGAAAGGGGAGUUGGGUCGUGUUGUGGAAAUAAAAAGUUUUAUUUGCUUCUUUUGUGGAGUCCAUUCUUUUAGAU